AUGAGGACGCUAGUCGCCCUUGCCCUUUUGGGAUGUCUUUUCGUCGUUUCUUCCGGCCGCGAAAUUGGCCAGAAAGAAAACGACUUAAUAACGGCAGCGAGUCACCACGAAGGCCAUCACCAUGAAGAAGGUGGCGGAAAAGAGUACCACGCUGACCAUCACCAUGAGCAUGGUGAGAAAGGACACAAGGGACACAAAGGACACCACCACCACCACAAAGGUGAUCAUGGCGAGCAUCAUAAACAUCAUCACGCAGGACAUCAUCAUGAGCACGGCGGCGGACAUAAGAAGCACUGGGAUGAACACGAUCACCACGGGAAACAUCACGAGCACGGGCAUCAUCACAAGGGUGGCAAACACCAUCACAAGAAGCACCACGACAAGGGUGAAGAAACCGAAGGAUACCAUAAGAAAUAUCACAAGGACGAGUAUCACAAAGACCACCACUUCUACGACGACCAUCACAAAGAAGGCAAACACCAUAAGCACGGUGAUCAUCACGGACACCACGAGAAACAUGGAGGACAUCACAAGAAAGGCGGUCACCAUCAUUCUGGACAUCAUGAGCAUCAUCACGGCAAAAAGGGUCACCAUGAUAAGCACCAUUAUGAUGAGGAUCACAAAGGACACAAAGGCCAUCAUGGGCACGAGGAACACCAUCAUCAUCACCAUGAUCAUGGGAAGAAAGGCGGCCAUGAAGAUCAUAAACAUUGGGGAUUCCACCACGGCAAGCACUGA